AUGACAGUCGGUAACCUCGUCGACCUCUCGGUCGUAGACACCAACUUGACCGCUUACGAACUCUUCCCGGUCCCCUACAUCAACGCGCAGCUUGAACACAACAUGCUCCACAACGACGGCGAGACCGGCAUGAUGGUCCUGAAAAUGGUCUGCCGUGCUGGCUUCACCAAUCCCUGGCAUUCGCACUUCUGCGGCCAUGGUUUCUUCGUCCUUGAAGGGGUACUUGACAUACACAAAGGCCAGUAUGGAGCGGGGAGUUGGGUCUGGUUUCCGGAGGGAGGAUUAAUGUAUCACGGGGCCACGAAAGACCAAGACGUCACGUUUCUGUUUGUAACGAACAAGAAGUUUUCGAUCCACUUCGUGGACGAUACCAGCGAUCCUUGUGCGUGA